UGUCUGGACGCAAUCAUGGCAUUUGCACCCACAAUAUUCACACCACGACCAAGAUAAGCUCGGGGGCUCUGAAGGAAGUGACUUUGCACUGGUUUCCCCAGCAAUGUGGCGAGAUAAAACUAGUACUACACUACUUAUCAUGAGGAAUUAAAAGAAAAUAGUCCAGUAAUAAUCACCAGAGCAGCACAAAAAAGGUUAAGAGUACCUCGACCAAAGAGGCACACAGGACCUUUUUGGAUUUUUGAUGCACCCUGUGUUUCUCAGAGGCACCUCUAAAAACCCUUCAUUUUUACAGUGCUGUAAAACUGGCCAUAAAGCUAUGCAUUGUACAUAAUUGUUAGGGACAGCUUUCAACAACCGAGUUGUCAAAUAGGGGCUGUUGUUAAAUUAACAUAGGCAGCUUCGGGCUUAUAGGUGGCUGAAAAUGUGAGAUUCAAAAGGAGAUUUAAAGAUUUGAGCUAAAACCCUCUGAUGCACCACUUUCCCCCAUAGUUUUCUCUUUACUUAGCCUAAAACAAAAUAUACGACACAGUGGAGCUGCCCGGCCGGACUGGGAGGAGUCUGUAGUCGUGCUGGUGUUUUAAUUGGCUGCAGGCUACAGUGAGAAGCGUGAGUAUCAGUAAUUAUUCAGCAAUGUUUUGCACAAGAAAUGUCAGCCAGAAAGGGCUAUCUUCAUCCUCCGUCAAAUUAUACCACAACGAUGACAUGCCCCAACAAUCAAGCUGGAAACUCGUUUUUCGUGGACUCCUUAAUCAACGUGAGAACCGACAGUGGUUCAUAUUACCAAAGUAACGGGGUGUAUUUGCCACCGGCGUCGGAAUAUUCAUAUGGACUCUCCGGCGGCUCUUGUUUCCCCGGGAUCGGUAAGCGCAACGAGCCAAGCACCCAAAGCGUGAUCCCUUCUCCUGCUCCGUAUGUUCAAGGGAUGGAAACGUGGCUGGAAACGUCGAGAUCAUGCCGGGUAGAGCAGCCCAGCGGCCAGCAUAUGGCUCAGUGUUCGUUCUCACCGAGUAUAAAAGAGGAGAGCGCAUAUUGCCUUUAUGAGUCUGACAAAUGUCCUAAAGGAUCAACUGUAGAUGACAUUUCCUACUCGACUGCAUCAUGCCCGGUUACCGGCAGCACCUUGCCGGUCCCGGGCUACUUCCGCCUGUCCCAGACAUACACGUCCUCCAGGCUUUACCAUGAUGUCCAGCCAAACAUGAAUCACUUUAGUCUCCAACGACCUGCCCGUUUGGACAGCCAGCCCUCCCAGUCUCAGGCUACCUCUGCUGAGCCGGAGCGGAGAGAGAGCCACGAGGAGGCGCCUGUCCCUGCGCCCUGCGCCCCGGCCAGAGAGGAGGACAGCCGCCUCUCCUCGGAAAGCUCAUCUUCCCCUGAACCCGCUGAGACAUGCAGUGUGGAAUCUCCAGAAAAGCCAGUCAAAGGAGAUGGAAAAAUGGAAAGUACGGCUAACUGGCUCACAGCUAAGAGUGGCCGAAAGAAGCGCUGCCCCUACACCAAGCACCAGACUCUGGAGCUGGAGAAGGAGUUUCUCUUCAACAUGUACUUGACAAGGGAGCGUCGCCUGGAGAUCAGCCGCAGUGUGCACCUCACUGACAGGCAAGUCAAAAUCUGGUUCCAAAACAGGAGGAUGAAACUGAAAAAAAUGAGCCGGGAGAAUAGGAUCCGAGAGCUCUCCAGCAACUUCAGUUUCUCAUGAGACUGUCUGCGUCUUUGGCGCCCUCCUCCAUCCAUGGCAAGGGCGCCUGAGCAGAGCCCCCCCCCCUCCCAACCCAACUGUGAGAAUGUCCAUGGAAAAUAGGACCCUACUGCUAACUUAUUGAUUGUUGUUCUUUCUUAUUUUCACGUCUGUUUUUAUUUUGUCGUGGAUAUGUAUUUAUAAAUAGCUACAUUUGUAACGUUGAUCCAUUGUGUUUAAGAUGUUCAGAAUGUGACCACAAUGUUUCAGAGCUUCAGGCUUGUACAUAUUGUAUAGUCAACCUGAGUGAACCAUUGGAAUUUGCAUGCUGGACUAACCCUUGGGAUAUUUUAUGUGACAGCUAAAGAACCCAAGAGGUCUGAUGAACAUUUGCACUUUUUUUUUUUUUUUUUUGCUGGUCAAUUUAAUAAAACCAUCCCCGCAACUGCAGACUUCUUAUUUCAUUCAGAAAGAUUAGGAGCUGCGCGGUGUUUAAAUCUUUAAAAAAGCUGGCACAGGUUCAGUGCAUGGUGCUAACGCCUUUGUGUUUUGGACUGGGUCCGCUUUGUGCACAGUAAAUAUUACUACAGUAGUAGAGGGUGAUGUUCUUCAUGGUUUAGGCCUGUAAUAGAUGUCUGGUGGCUGUGCACACUUGGUUGCUUUUUGUCCUUGACACCAGACUUAAAUGUAAACCACACAGUGAGAGGAGAAGCAUAUUUCCGUUGUUAUUAUUUCGAAUGUAUUUUAAAUUGUGAAUAAGUGGCUUAUUUUUUUAAUUUUAAUUUUAAUUUUUUAAUGCUGAAAUGUUUAAUUCUCAUGUCUAAGGAACGACGGAUUGGGACGAAAACAGCUCCAGGAUUUUGCAAAACAGUCUCAUAAUUGCCGCACUGAUCAGAUCAUGAAUAAAACCUGUCU